AUGUGCACGGAAACGAGUAAAAAAAGCUGUAGAAACGUGGACGAGCAGUGUAUGGACAAAGGAGACUUUGCGCUGAACGAACUGGACUUUGAAACAAGGAACGCGUUUGCACUAGGGAGUAUCGUAUCAACGUCUCGAGCUGGUAGUCUUGUUGUUCAAGAUGCGCCUCGUCUAUCGAGCGACAAGCGAAAGGUACAUUCUGGUGAUUAG